GUGUCAGUCGGCUCCGUCCACCUGGCAAGGCCGGUCCUGGGACUGUCGCUGCUGCUGCUGCUGCUGCUGCUGCGACUGACGACGCGAGCGCCGCCGCCGGGGCUGCUGCCUCCCCGGACGUGCCCCGCUGCCCGGGGAUCCUUCCUCCGCGCGCACAGCCGCCGCUCGGGCUCCGCAGGAACUUUUUAUUUGCUGCUUUUGGGGGAAAGCACACAAGCGAGCCUCUCUCAAGAUCGUGAAGGUGGAUCCCUAGAGCUCCAAGACUUCUGCUCCUUUUUGGGUUGAUUGUUGUGUCACUAUUAUUAUUUUUCCCCCCUCCACCUCCGCCCUCCACCCCCACCCCCACCGUAAACAUCUGGGUCUGUGUAUCUAAUCAAACGGCAAGAUGUCCAGCAAUGUCCCGGCGGAUAUGAUAAAUCUGCGCCUCAUCUUGGUAAGCGGGAAAACAAAAGAGUUCCUGUUUUCUCCUAAUGAUUCUGCUUCAGACAUCGCAAAGCACGUGUACGACAACUGGCCAAUGGACUGGGAAGAAGAGCAAGUCAGCAGUCCAAAUAUUCUACGACUUAUUUAUCAAGGACGAUUUCUGCAUGGAAAUGUCACACUAGGAGCAUUAAAACUUCCUUUUGGCAAAACAACCGUGAUGCACUUGGUGGCCAGAGAGACAUUACCAGAGCCAAACUCUCAAGGUCAAAGAAAUCGUGAAAAGACUGGAGAGAGUAAUUGUUGUGUCAUCCUGUAAAGAGUUCUACAUGUGAUGUGGUGUAGUCUUUGUUUUCUCAUGCUGCUGGGACAGAAGAGACCCAAUGUUGCUUCAGAAACCCUUAGGAAGAGCCUGCCUAUUAAUCCAUGGAACUGAAUUACCACAUGAACACUGUUAUCUUUUCUCAUAAAAAGUAAAAAAGAACCAAGAACAUUUCUCACUAUGAUUUUCUAGUAUGUUUGUCUGUGUUGAACAGUUUCAAAAUCAUUGGUUUUUGAAUGUAGUCGAUUUCCAGGGGCAAAGUUAACAAGUUACCUUUCACAGCAGAGAUCAUUUUGUUGUCACAAAAAUUUUCAUCACCAGAAUUUAACAAAUCAAGUGUUCCAAACACACUUUGCACUGAAAAAAGAUUGACACUAUUUUCUUCAUCAGCAGAAUUUAUAACAUGGUUUCUGGCACCUAGAAAUACUCAUAUAUAUAAACCAUACUGGAAGACAUUCAGCAAUUAUUGAAGUUAACCACUGGGCCAACCUGCUCUGGAAAAUGGAAAAUAAACUAAAAUGUUGGGUUUAGUCUACCAAAGUCAGCCAUGGUGGCUGCACUGGCACAGAAUACAAAACUGAGUGUGAUGAUUUUCACUGCAACAAAGGAAAAAAGCGAAAUGUGCCUGUUGUUUAAAGCACUCAGUAGAGGGCUGAUGAAACUAAUUGUUUUUCCCUUAACACAUGCACUCUCGGGUCAGACAGUAACUGAGUGCUUCUUCAUACAGCACAAAAUGGGGCGAGUGCGUUUCCUAGCCUUAAUGUGGGAGGGGUAAAUUCCAAUCACUCAUAGACUCUCAUCAUCAUGCUGAAAUAGUAGGAAACCUCAUUUACUCCUCAGCGUCACAUGUCAAUAUCAGCAAAUUCAAUUUUUCCAUAAUUACAGCUCAUCUAUAACUGGGUCCAGCAUCAUGCUCACUCAUUAGAAAGUUCAGGUAAAUUUUUUAAAAAGUUCUCCAUGGUAAUAAUUUUGUUUCUUUAUGUAGUUUGCAUUUGGUAUUAGUGCUUGCCAUUAUAUUAAAAUCAACAGCUGAUUUUAAGGCAUAUAUGAUUAAAGAUGCCAUUCUUAUGUUUUGUACCAAUAAUUUAAAAAUUGAUAUGCUAAAAACAAUUUGCACAGCACUAAAGCAUGAGCUAGUUUUCAUCUAAACCUGUAAAAAUACAAAAGAUUUUAUAUUUUUUCACUGGGAAGAAAUUCUUCCUGGAUGAAAUUACAAAUAUGUGUAGAAUAUAUUUAAUUAAAAAAAACUUAUAAAUCUUAACUAUAGAACUUAAAUGUAGAUUGGCUUGUAGUUUAUAGAACAAUAUUCCAUAUAAAUAACUUUAGCCUUCAUAAAAAUGAAAUUGCAGGCUGACCUUAUGUUCUGUACUUGUGUCUAUGGCCCUUAAAAACAUUAAAUGUAAAUGAUUUUAAAUGGUCUGCUUUCUUUAAAGGUUAUUUUGUUUACUGUUUAUGCUUUCAUGAAAAGGCUUUAUAUGCAGUAGACCUACAAAAAUAUUGUUAUACUAAUCAAUUAAAUUUGUAUAGAGCAGAGUUUUAAAAUGACUGUAAAUAGCACUAAUCAUUUUUUUUCUGCAACUGUACUUAUAGAUUCUUCCUGUAAACUAAAUUAAAAAAAUAUAUAUUGUGCAUUUCAGUGGUAAUUUUCAAGGUCUUGAGUAGGUCGAUAAUUAGUUUAAGACUGUCUCAUCCAUUGUUAAUUUUUUUUAACUUUAUAUCUGAAAAAGUUUAAUAUUGUUAAUUUCAGGAAUAUUUCCAAUGUACCUUUAAUAUUUAACCAGGCUAAUUUGUGCAUAGUCACAAUAAUGGAUAGAAUUAUGUAGUCUUUGUUACCACUAAAAUGUUGUAUUCAAGAGAUGUUAAAUAUUUAUAUGCUUUGUUGACUAGCUCAGAUGUGAAUUCUCUUAAGAGUUGACUAAAGAUGAAUCUGGAAAUUCAUUGGGCAAUUAAGCCAUUUGUGGCUCUACUCUUUUGUUAAGAAAAAAACUGCUUAUAAUUAUUUUAGUCCCUGUUUUAAUUCUAAUUACCCUUCUUGUUUUCCCCCCAAAGUUAAAGACGAUCAGUUAAUUAUGAUUGCAUUUUUAUGGUGGUUAAAACUGUUCUCUAUUGGAUUUUGAUAAAAUUUUCUGUGUGUUCUGUAUUAUAAAUGUCCCUUUCACAAGACCUCAAUUUACAGUUUAUAAAAUGGAUGGGUUCACUACUAGAGAAAGACUUGUUUCACUUAAUAUCUUUCUUGUGCAAAAUGAAAAAGAAUAAAAAGCAGUAAAAUUAUAUACUGAAAACACCAAAAAUUUAGAUGCCUUAAUAAUGAAUAUGUGAAGUACUCAACUUUCCCUUUUAAAAUAGUGACUGCCUAGUGGUUAAUAUAUGGUUGAUCUGGUGGCAUUACUUUAUAAGGCACAGCUAUAUAUAAAUAAAAAAUGUAUAUGGUUGAUCAUAUCCAAGGUUACUAUUAAAGAUCCCUCUGCCACAAAGAGCUCACUUACUGGAAGGUGAGAGCUGCAUAGACCCAGUAAUGUAAAUCAAGCCUGAGUUCUAGGCCUCUCAGCCUGCCCACCUGUAUCCAAUUCACCUCUUUUACCUAAAUUGCCCCAGAUCUUGUUAAGUGUUCUAGACAAGGCAAAAUUUGUCUUCUUUAUUAAAACCUCAGCAUGUCUCCUUGAUCUGAAUGAUUUAUUCUCUCUUCAAGAUAAGUUGUAUCUUAUCAUGAAAAAAUAGUCUCUAACAUUAUCAUUCACAUUAAAUGAGGUUUUCUCAUAACGGACGUUUACCCUUGAUUUUAUGUUGUCUUGACCAAUGUUACAGUAAUUUCUGUUAGCUGACUGUGGUAAACAAUGUUUGAUGUGAAAAGAAAUUAAAACUUUCUUCAUCUGUUAUAGAA